AUGGCUGUCAGUGUGCAGGGACUGGAGAAGCAGGUGGCCAAGAACUACCCAGGACUAGACCUGGGUCCAGCAGGCUCGGCGAUGAAGACCCUACCGUAUGGCAUAGGAGGUAGAGCCGUAGGCACAGGAGGAGGGACCGCAGGGGGAGUUAAACCCCCCUACCAAACAACCUCCCGCAUCUUCUCCACAGGCAUGGACGGGGUCGGCAACCCGCCCAUGAAGCCCCCUCUGAAAAGUCCCACCUAUAGCUUCCUCAACCCUUACGACUGGGCAAAGAAUCAGUCUCUUCUCCUGGACCAGACAGGCUAUCGUAACAAACGCAAACCCUCACUGAAGACGGCACAGAAGACCAAGAAGAUCUUUGGCUGGGGAGAUUUCUACUUCAACGUGAAAACCAUGAAGUUCAGCCUCUUGGUCACCGGGAAGAUCGUGGACCACAUCAACGGCACGUUCACCGUCUACUUCCGCCACAACUCGUCCAGUCUCGGUAACGUCUCCGUGAGUAUCGUCCCUCCAACUAAAGUAGUGGAGUUCGAGGUUCUCCAGCACCACCAACCGGGGCUCCACGCACAGCUCCACCCUGAGCUUCACACCCAGAUCACUCAACAACAGACCCCGCACCAGUCCACCUUCGACCCCAAGGAAGUAAAGACCUUCAACUGCCGGGUGGAGUACGAGAAGACGAACCGCUCCAAGAAGCCCAAGCCCUGCCUCUACGACCCGUCUCAGACCUGCUUCUCAGAGCACACUCAGUCCCACGCCGCCUGGCUCUGCGCCAAACCUUUCAAAGUCAUCUGUAUCUUCAUCUCCUUCUUUAGCAUCGAUUAUAAGCUGGUUCAAAAAGUGUGUCCGGACUACAACUUCCAGAGCGAACACCCUUACCUUGGAUAAGAGAGGAGCGAGGAGAGGAGAAAGUCUUGAGCGUGUUUUGAGGGGAUCUGUUUAAGCAAAGGGCCAAACGCAGAAUCACUAAUCUUGAUCUCUCGUUUAAACAGAGAACGUGUAGUUAUUUGGGAUGCAAGGUGAUUUGUAGAUCAGUGAUCCUGCGCAG